AUGUCAAGUAUACCUGAGCCAGAGAGGGUCGCUUCGCAUGCGAGUGAUUCGGAUACCCAGAUUCAGGAGAAGCAGGAUACUUCUGUUCUGCGAGGAUGGCGUCUGUCAUGUCUUAUCGUCGGUCUCUACCUGGGCAUCUUCCUUGCGACAAUGGAAGUGUCUAUCGCCGGGACUGCGUUAGUGGGGAUCACAAAUGAUCUUGGGUCCUAUGGUGACAGCACAUGGAUAGUCAAUUCAUAUCUGUUGACCUAUACUGGCUUCCUAAUCAUCUGGGCACAGUUUAGUCAUGUCCUCGGUAGGAAAACGUUCACGCUUGCGGCCUUUGCUUUGUUUAUCGCGUUCUCGAUUGGAUGCGCUACGGCCCAGACUGCUACGCAACUGAUUGUUCUUCGAGCCUUUCAGGGUAUCGGAGGUGCUGGCAUGUAUAAUAUGGCGAUGACUGUGAUCGCCGAAGCCAUCCGGCCUGAGGACUUCCCCAAAUAUGUUUCACUCGUUGCGGCUGUGACGGCUGUUUCGUUUGCCAUUGGACCAUUGAUUGGAGGAGCGAUUGUAGACCACGCGAGUUGGAGAUGGGUUUUCUGGAUAAAUGUACCAAUUGCUGCAGUCGCCUUCGUCAUCCUGUGCAUUGCGAUCCCUAACUUCUUCCCUUAUCACAAUCGCCCACAGGAGCGUAAUCGAAUUUCGUACGCCUCGCUACGACGCCUAGACAUUGUCGGAGCCUUGCUAUUCUUGGGAGUAUCAGUUCCUCUCGUGACUGCACUCGAGGAGGGCGGAAUCGACUACGAAUGGAGCUCUGGACUCAUCAUUGCGCUUCUUCUCGUGUCCGGCCUUUGUCUCCUCCUCUUCACCGCGUGGGAGACGCUUGGGUCACAGAUUAAUAGCGCUCUCGUGCCUGUCCUAUCCUGGGAGUUCGUAGAGCGGAGGUGCAUUGCGCUUUUCAUGGUUUCCUUUCUUGUUGGUGCUCCAUUCACCUCAGCCGUCAUUCAGAUCCCUCAACGCCUGCAAACGAUUCAUUCUUUGAGCGCGCUUGCCUCUGGUAUACGUCUUCUUGCAUUCAUCGUUAUGGUCCCGGUUGGCGCAGUGGCUGGUGCCGCGACAGUCGAGAAACUCAAGAUCAAGCCAACGUUUGCGCUACUUGUAGGCGCUGCAUUCCAGCUCGCUGGCGCCAUUGGGUUCGCGCUUCUCCCGUUCUCUACCGAAGUCCAGGCCUCUCAAUACGGGUUUCAAGUCCUUUUCGGGCUUGGUUCAGGGCUUAGCAAUGCGAUCGCAACCUCCUGUAUUCCACAGAUCGUAGAGCGCAAGAACAUCUCUUCGGCCCUUGGAGCCAACACUCAGUUCCGCUAUUUGGGAGGAGCUGUUGGACUUGGAGUGAUAACAGCCGUGCUGAAUGCUCGCCUGCACCCCAGCUUGGGACAUAUUGUAGAUGCCGAAGAGGUUGGAGCGAUCUUGCGAUCAACAGAGGCCGUGCGGACCUUGUCUGUAUCAGAGAGAGACAAUGUCUUGCAUUUGUUCGCAGACGGAUUCGCGCUGCAGUGGAAGGUCAUCCUUGCAUUCAUAAGUGCUCAAGUGCCUGUUGCAAUAAUGAUGUGGUAG